AUGUCGAGCGUUAGGGAACAUCCAGAACAGCAGUUAGAAGAGUAUAUCGCUUUGUUCUUGACCAAAUUGGUCAGGAUCAUCCAGAUCGUGAUCCCAUUAAUGGCAAAAUUUAGCAAAGAUCAUCCUCAUGUCUUCUUAUUCUUUGCAUCCGCAUUGGUUAUCUAUGUUACUUGGCGUGUUUUGUGUAACAUGCUGGUUAUUUUAAAGAGACUUGGAUUCCUUUUGGUACUCUUGUUCGCCAGUUUUGUCUUCUUGAGAGGUUUUAACCAGGUUUUCUUCCAGGAUAUCCCACUGCUCUACAAAAUUGUCACGGGAAGCCAAAAUUUUGAGGUAGUACUAACCAAAUGGACUGCCUACUUGGGGAACACUUCUUUUGACCAUUUUGUCAAAGUAUUACAUGAAUUGAAUUCAAAAGCUCAAGAAUUGGCCCAUUCUUUUCGGUCCAAAGCCGCAUCAGCAAAUUUACUGUAA